GUGUUCUCUUUUAUCCUUCCAAAAUACCGGAAUUAUCAGAAGAUAUUAUUAUGAAAGACACGGAGAAAGAACCAGAGGACAAGAAUAUUGUCAAGAAAAGAGAACAACUGUAUAGGCUUAUGAUAAGUCAACUUUUCUAUGAUGGUCAUCAACAAAUGGCUGUUCAGUUGUCAACAUUGGUACAAGCUGAUCCUCCAUGCCCUCCUUCAGAUAGGCUGCUUCAUCUAACGAUGAUAGGUCUUCAGCAUGAACCAGAACGCCACAAAAAAGAACCAACACCUGGAUUGAAUCCUAUACAAGAAAUAUUGGUAGGCCCUGGCUUAGAUCUUGAAUACGAAACGGAUGUUGAAAUAACUGCUCCUGAACCUGCCCUCUAUGAAACUGUAUAUGUGACAUCUCAUAAAGGUGCUUGCCGUGCCGGUGCUUUCAGCUUGGAUGGACAGCUUAUUGCUACCGGCAGUGCUGAUGCUUCUAUUAAGAUUCUGGAUGUUGAUCGAAUGUUGGCAAAAUCACUCUCCGAUACUCUUGAAAGUACAACUGACAGUCAGGGUCAUCCCGUUAUCCGAACACUUUAUGAUCAUCUCGAGGAAGUGACGGCACUUGAUUUCCACCCAAGGGAGCCAAUACUUGCCUCAGGAAGUAAGGAUGCAACUAUUAAAAUUUUUGAUUUUGCAAAAGCAAGUGUGAAGAAGGCCUUCAAAACAAUCACAGACUCUCAUGGCAUCAAAUGUAUGUCCUUCCAUCCUACUGGAGAUUAUUUGUUAAUUGGUACACUACACUCUGUCAUACGACUUUAUGAUUUCAAUACUGCUCAGUGUUACGUCUGCAGUGUUCCUUGUCAUCAGCAUAGUGAUACAAUUACUUCUGUGAGGUACACACAAACUGGUAAAUAUUAUGCAUCAUCCAGUAAAGACGGCAGCAUUAAGAUAUGGGAUGGUGUUAGCAAUAGGUGUGUUAAUACUUUCUACAGAGCUCACGAUGGCGCUGAAGUUUGUUCUGUUGCAUUCACUAGAAAUGGAAAGUAUCUUUUGUCUUCCGGGAAAGAUUCCCUUGUUAAACUUUGGGAAUUGACUACUAGUCGAUGUUUAAUUGCCUAUACGGGUGCUGGGACCACUGGUAAACAAGAGCAUAGAACACAAGCUGUAUUCAAUCAUACAGAAGAUUUUGUUCUAUUUCCUGACGAAGCCACUACCUCUCUUUGUGCCUGGAAUGCAAGAAACGCUUCAAGGAGGCAGCUUCUCUCAUUGGGUCAUAAUGGUCCUGUCAGGCAAAUCGUACAUAGUCCUCAUUCUGCAGCUUUUCUGACGUGUUCUGACGAUUUUAGGGCCAGAUUUUGGUUCAAAAGACUUCAAACUCAUUAAUAAUUAUUAUGUUUUAUAUUUUUGUUUUUAUGUGAUAUUAUAAAUGUUCAUUUUUAUAAUAUUUUAUUAAUUAAUGAAAAUAUGAGCUAUUAUGAGUAUUUUUUCUGUAUUACAGAAAAAAUUUAACUUGUUUUUUUUAUGUUUGUUAUGAAAUUGAGAAAAAACAGUAAAUUAUUUUUUUAAUUGUGGUGUUCAUAAAUGUUCAGGUUACGAAAAAUGUCAUUAAUAGUUGGAAGUAAAAAAUUUCAAAUGUUUCUUACUUAUAUUUAUAAUUUUAAAAAGAAAUGACUGAUUUAAAACUUCCUUAGUCCUUAGUCAACUGUUAAAAUAUUAAUAAUUACAGAAAUGCACUUGACUGUUUAUAUUAUUAUAAUAUAUCCUGUCGAUCUCAUUGAAUUGUAAAUAAAUCAUUUUUUUUAAUAA